AUGACCUCAAAUACACACGUAGAUCUAAUAAGUCUAACUGAACAGAAUGGACAGAAUAGAAUCAAGUCUGUUUCGAAACCGAAACUAAUUCGAAAAUUAGGUUCCGGCAAGUGGUUAGAAUUAGAUGAAAUCGAAUACACGGAUCCUGUUAGCAAUAUUGCGCGACGGUGGGAAGUUUGUCGAAGGAAGAAAAAUAAGGUUAGUCAUCAAAAAGAGCCGGCUAAAGAAGUAAGAGAAAUCAUUGAUGCGGUAGAUAUACACGCGACAAUAAUUCAACAAACCCAGCCUAUCGAUCCACAAAUAAUUCUGGUAAUUCAGUAUCGACCGGCAAUUGGUAAAUACUGUGUCGAAUUUCCGUCAGGCUUAAUUGAUCAUCCAGAUGAAACACCGGAACACGCGGCAAUUCGAGAAUUAAAGGAAGAAACGGGUUACACUGGAACAGUGAAAAGUGUUUCCCCGCCGAUUUGCUAUGAAGCGGGAUUAACUGACUCCAGCACGAGGAUGGUUUGUAUGGAGAUUGACGCAAGUCUACCCGAAAACAUUAUUCCCAAACAACAACUUGAGGAAGACGAGUGGAGUGUGACAGUAUUAAAAGUGUCUAUAAAGAAUCUUUAUUCAACAUUACAAGAACUUGAAAAAACUUUGGCAAUCGAUAGUAGACUCUAUGCAUAUGCGUUAGGAAUACACAUGACUCAAACAUUAUUGUUGAUAAAGCUCACCGAUGGUGAUUGUCACCUGGUGAGCCAACAUUAUUUCCAACACCAAGUCAUACCAAAUUUUAAUUUAAGCAUCGGAGAUAAACCUUAUUAA